AUGUCGAAUUCAAAUAAUGAUUAUGAUACAAAGAUUGAUUAUGUAUUCAAGGUUGUCCUAAUAGGGGACUCUGCAGUUGGGAAAUCACAGCUGUUGUCUAGGUUUGCUAGGAAUGAAUUUACUAUAGAUUCAAAAGCAACGAUCGGGGUUGAAUUCCAGACCAAGACCCUUAUACUUGACCAUAAAGUCGUCAAGGCCCAGAUUUGGGACACUGCUGGCCAAGAACGGUAUAGAGCAGUAACUAGUGCAUAUUACCGAGGGGCAGUGGGGGCAAUCUUAGUGUAUGACAUGACAAAGCGUCAGACAUUUGAGCACAUCGCUAAUUGGCUUGAGGAAUUAAGGGGGCGUGCUGACAAGAACAUUAUGAUCAUGCUCAUUGGCAACAAGAGUGACUUGGGAAGUCUUAGAGCAGUACCAAUUGAGGAUGCCCAGGAGUUUGCUGAUAAAGAAAACUUAUGUUUUAUGGAGACAUCAGCCCUCGAAGCAACUAAUGUUGAGGCUGUAUUUUUGACGGUUCUGAAAGAGAUAUAUAGGAUCAUAAGUAAGAAAUCCCUUGCCGCUAAAGAUAUAGACUAUAAGGCCGUGUCUCUCAAGGGGACUAAAUUAGUCGUCCCUGGCCAGGAGUCAAAUUCUAGUGGAAUGAUUGGUGGUGGUUGUUGCGCCUAGUAAUCUUCUUUUUCUACAA